UAUGCAACCAAAACGUCCUUCCAAGCCUGAAAUUCAAAAAUAAACAGCUGCUUUGAGGCCACUGGAAGCAAUGUCCAAGGGGUUGGUAGUACAUCUGGUUUCAUGCGACCAAAACUUCCUUCCAAGCCUGAAAUUCAAAAAUAAUGAGCAACGUGUUGCAUGAGCCACUGGUUGGGGAUCACUGUUGUAGGGCUUUGAAUCCACUUUUAUCGACUCUUUUUACCUUCAGAAAUAUUGUACAGCUGUAAUUGUGUAGCAGUUAAGAAGGGAGUAAAGAGUGAAGUAACUGUCUUUCUAGUUCUCAUAUAAACGUUCAAUGCCUGUCACUUAGCAAAAUGCUUUAAAAUGUGCCAACUCAUGAUAAUAGCAAUUUAGUUCCCUGUGAGGUCUGCUGGGAACAGAUAAGGCGACUCUCGGAGAACAUAACAGUAAAUUAAUUGUUGUAACCCAUGCCACACAGUCUCACUUCAUCAUCUCCCAUGUGUCUUUCUGUCUGAGUGUGCAUUUAGCUUGUUUGACCUCUCAUAGCAAAUGAGGGAGUUUUUGCUAUAGUACAUCAGUAUGCAGGGACUUGCUUCGGAACACACCAGGAGACCAGGGAUUAUGGACAUCUGGAUAUGGAGUCUACUUCGGAGUUGCAAGAAAUCGUUGUGGUGACCCUCAUGAAAAGCUCAUUCUUAAUGCUUUUAUUGGACAUUGGGUAUUUCUGUUGACCAGUGGAAGAGGCCCCUUAAACCGCCCUGGGACUGAGGGCCCCUUAACACCACUGGCUGUGUUAUCACCUCUUCUAAGCUAACGAGGAGUAAAAAAAAAACCCCAAAAGAUAAAGGUUGAAAUUUGAAUUUGAGUAUGCAGCGGACCUUGCAAAGCUUGCUCUAUGGCAACUGAGCACUGGACCUUUACAUCAGGCAGUUGAAUACACAUGUUGGUAUCACCUCAGUUACAUCGAUGCAGACACCCAUGAACUGUUUUGCGGAGGUUCAAUACUUGUCCUUUAAACCCACAAAAAUGUUUUGCAUACUGAGCUUGGGGACCUAAUUUAGGAGUUGCUAUGACUUGUCAUCCCUGGGAGCAGACUCAUAAGCAUGAUCCGCACCAAAGCAUGCCUUUUCAGUAAAAAAAAUUGCCACCAUCGCAGUGGAGGUGGACGAGGGUUGAAGGAAUCUUUUGGUUCCCCAGUGCCAUAGUUUUCCAAGCCUACAGUAUUUCAAGAUGGACUUUCGUUGGAGAAGAAGGGGGAUACAUGUACAUGAGGGUACAGAAAGGCAUCAGAAGUUUAGGGUUUGUUGUGAAGGUAAAGGAGAAUCUUUUUCCAAGGUAAAAACUUUUAAAGCAAGCUCUAUAAAAUGUUUAUUGGAUGUUUGGCACCAUCAUUGCUACCAAUGCAGUGACACAAUAAGUUAAUUAAAUAUAGACAAAAAAACAGCAAGAAUUGUAUGAUAUUAUAUAUCACGUAUGCAGGAGGACUGCAGACUAUUCUGGAAACUGGCUGGAAAAGGCAAUGGAGAAAACAGCAAGGAAAAGUGUCAGAAGCAAGUUGGGUCAGAGCAGAAAGAAACUGGAGCUAAGCAAGAAGCAGAAGGCCAGGAUCAAAAUGGAGAGAUCGCAUAUGGAGAAAUCAGAAGCAAAGAAAUCAUAGUUAUUUACUUUGUACAAUGUAAAAAUGACAGCAAAACUGAACAAAAAUACAAUUCUCUGUAGAAUUUAAGCAAGUCAGAGCUGGCGAAUUAUUCACUUUUCACAAUGAUUUUAAGGACAGUAACAAGAAAGUUUAUGAAACCAUUUUUAUUGUAAGCCCUGCCAGUAAUACUAAUCCUAUUGUGCUUCCACUGUUGAUCUAAAUGCACUUUCACAAUGUGUCUAAUACCCAUAUAGGGGACACCAAAAUAGGGCAACUGGACCCUACAUGCACUGUAAAGAGUGUGAAGGCUUAGUUUCCCCAUGUGAAUUACUUUCCCCACUUGACUUACUUUCCUGUUUACAGUUAAUAGUAGUGAAUCACAUAAGCAGCUUAACAGUGACAUCACUUUCAGCCAUGCGUACCUGAAAUGAACAUGCUACCUUGGAAGGGACCCUGAAAGGUGUAAUACAGCGAGAUUAUGCACCAAGAAAUUGUGUCCUCACCAUUCAAUUUUAGAAAUUCACAUUGUAAAAAUUGGGGAGGCCCUCGUGGACUAUUUUGCGCUUAAUGACGGGUCAGUAACUUCUCAGGGGAUAUUAUGGGAGGCCCACAAACCGGUUAUACGGGGUCAUUGCAUUUCGUUGGGCGCAGCCCUUAGGAAGUCUACCCACUUGGCUAUCCUGUCAACUGAGGCCUUACUGAAGGAAGCCGAGGAAAUGCAGGUUAAGUUUCCUAGUAGAUCUAGACUGGCUCAAAUAUUACAGCUACGGAACCAAAUUAAAGAUCUAAAAAUUCACCAAGCGGAAAGAAGUCUGGCUUCUUUGAAGCAAUUGUAUUACGAGAGGGCAAAUUCCUCCCAUACUUUAUUGGCACGUAAGUUGCGCCAGCGAAAGGCAAUGACUACUCCACAAGUGAUUCACACUUCUUCUGGCCCUACCUCUGACCCUAAUAGAAUAAUGAGGGAGUUCAGUACCUAUUACCAUAACUUGUAUAAUUUGGAUCGGACAGGGACUCAGAAGGCCCCACAUAUUAACGGGAUUCAAACCUAUUUAAAGGACUUGCAUUUACCAACUUUGACAGCCGAGGAGCUAGAUACCCUUAAUGUGGACAUCGGUGAAGAUGAAUUGUGGGAAGCGUUAAAAACGAUGCCCUCCUCUAAAACCCCCGGACCUGAUGGCCUUCCCUAUAGCUACUAUAAGACUUACAAACAGAUUCUGACCCCACAUGUCUUACGUAUGUUUAACGGUUUUCUGAGAGGUGAGAGGGUCCCCCCUACCUUUAAGGAAUCCUUCAUCACACUUAUCCCGAAGGAGGGCAAGGAUUUGACCAGGUGUAGUAACUAUCGCCCUAUUUCCCUACUCAAUUCCGACUAUAAAAUUUUAACUAAAAUUCUCUCACUACGGUUAAAUCGCCUGCUCCCUAAACUAGUCCAUAUGGAUCAAGUGGGUUUUAUAAAGGGCAGGAAGGCUGGGGAUAAUACACGGAGGGUCAUAGAUCUGAUUGAUAUAGCUAACAAAAGACGGGAUUCCAUGUUACUCCUGAGCCUGGACGCAGAGAAGGCGUUUGAUCGCCUGGACUGGGAUUUUAUGUUUCUCACUUUACAGCAUAUGGGUUUCUCGGGUGAAUUUUUGGUUAUUUUACAUUCCCUUUAUACGGAUUUAGGAACAAAACUUAAAAUAUUGGAGAGAGUAUCCCCGUCCAUACCCAUCACUAAUGGUACGAGACAGGGAUGCCCUCUCUCCCCGUUAUUAUUUGCAAUUAGCAUUGAACCGCUGGCUCAAAAGAUUAGGGACAACCCUAACAUACAUGGCCUAACGGUAAGGGGGACGCAGUACAAAAUUGCACUAUAUGCCGAUGACGUUAUUCUCUCGAUCACUCGUCCCCAGACGUCCCUUCCUAACUUGCAUGUCACGCUAGAUGGGUAUGGGAGGUUCUCGGGGUAUAAAACCAACGAGUCAAAGUCCGAGGCCCUACAUAUUAAUAUUUCGGAUCCCCAGCUUAAACUUUUAAAAUUGAACUUCCCAUAUAAUUGGCAACCUACGUCCAUUACAUAUUUGGGAGUUAAAUUGACCCCCUCUCAUAGUUCCUUAUACGCGGCCAAUUACCCUAGGCUAGUGGAGGUGUUGAAAAAAGACCUGCUUGAGUGGAAUCGGUACAAUUUGUCUUGGUUUGGGCGUAUUGCGUCUGUUAAAAUGAAUUUGCUUCCCCGUCUAUUGUACCUAUAUGACACUUUACCAGUAGCGGUUCCUAGGCGGACCAUAGAUGAUCUUCAGCGAGCAAUCACAAAAUUUUUAUGGAAUCAUAAGAGACAUCGUGUGGGACAAAAAGUGCUGAUGGCUCCUAAAGCCUUGGGGGGUUUAUCAUUGCCCAACCUGUAUAGCUACUAUUUAGCGGCCCAGGUCAAACAGGUAGCGGGAUGGUUCUCGGAGUUUCCUUUGACUACGUGGGCGGAAAUUGAGAGGAAUUAUAUGCUAAAGGGGUCCCCUGCAUGCAUACUGUGGACGAGAUGUAAGCAGGCUGCUCGUAUUCUCCCUUUAGAAUCUAUGAAACAGACGGCCUCCUGUUGGAGUACGGUGUCUUCCCACUUAGGAUUCCAACCUCACUUAUCUCCACUAAUCCCGCUACUCGAUAACCAAGACUUUCUGCCAGGUCUGACACCUUCUACUAGGGAACAACUAAUUUUGGCCAAGAUCACCCAUCUUUACUCUCUAUUUCACAAAACGGAAGGUACCCUCUGCACCUAUAGGGAUAUAAUUGGGAGGGACGGUGGAGGCUCAAUUUCUCCUUUCUUAUAUAUACAGUUGAGACACUAUGCAAUGACCAUAUUUCCAGCGGCACGACUUCCGCAGAAUCACCCUGCUCUGGCACUUUGCAGACUUGCUCCUACUCAAAAGGGUUUGAUUACAAGGUGGUAUCUGUCUCUUAAUGCACUGGAUCUUAAGAAACAUCCUCAUAGGUAUAUGGCACGGUGGGAGCAUAUGCUGGGAACUGAGAUCCCUCUCUCAACUUGGGAUAACAUUUGGGAAAACGCUAGGGCGACCUCGGUUUGCGCUACCAUUAAAGAAAACAUCUAUAAAAUUAUACUGGGUUGGUAUCAUACCCCACAACUCUUACACAAACUGUUCCCUGAUUCGGCUGAUUCUUGUUGCUGGAGAUGUGGGGAUGUCGGGGGUUCGCUUCUCCAUAUGUUUUGGACCUGUCAUAAAUUGAAACGGUUUUGGGAUAUGGUCAGGGGUUGGGUUGAAAAGGUAACUAUGAUAAUAGUGCCUCUGGAUCCCUUAGUGUAUGUGCUGGGCAAUAAAAUCCCUGUGAUUCGGCAUCCCACACAAAAAAUGGUUAAUUGCAUACUUACAGCGGCUAGGGGUUUAAUAGCUAAAAGUUGGAAGGCUUUGGCUGCCCCAUCUGAGAAGGAAUUCCUGGAUAGAAUCCGAUAUGUUCGGAGGAUGGAUUAUCUAACGGCGCUCAAACAUGAUGCGGUAGAUCAGUUUAAUAAGAUCUGGGGUAGUUGGGAUGCUAUGGAGGCCUUGUCACACUCUUGCGCUACUGUCGGGAAUUGAUGUGUAACGGGUUGUGGGGAUGUUAUAUGCUGUCAAAUAAAGUCAAUAAAGAUGUCUUGGUGGGACGGUCGGGGAUUUGAUAUAUCUGUAUGAUGGGGAGGGGCAGGUUGGUGAUUUGCCGGUAUCAUUGGGUCAAAUAUUUUACGGUCAUGCAUAGGAAAAGUUCUGUUUUCUGUGGGCUUGUAUUAUGGAAAUUCAUUUUGAGAUGUUUAUUUUGUCAUGAAAGAACAUGUCAUGGCCCUCUGAGGGCAAACUGUUUGCUGUCUGUGUGAAAUUUGAAAAAUAAUAAAAAUUUUCUUUCAAAAAAAAAAAAAG